AAUAGGUUUUGUUGACGUAUGAAUAGUUUUGGGUUUGGCCACAAUUUGUAGUAAUUUAUUCCCUAGUAAUUAAAAUACAUACAGUUUAUGAAAUUUGUUGAUCAUGUCGGGACAAAAUGUUAAUGUCUGUGACAUCGGGGAAGAUGUAAAAAAUGUAUUAAAGAAGUUUCGUUUUCAAAAGCACAAUUCAAAUUCAGCAUUAAUUUUAAAGGUGAACAGAGAAAAGCAAGCACUAGAAGUAGACGAGGAACUAGAGAGUGUGGAACUGGAAGAGCUUCAGGACAUAUUGCCAUCACACCAGCCUCGAUUUAUUAUAUACAGUUAUAAAAUGGAACACAAUGAUGGCCGCACCUCAUUUCCGAUGUGCUUUAUAUUUUAUACACCCAGAGAUGCACAUAUGGAGUUACAGGUUAUGUACGCGGGCACACAGCGCGCUCUAGCGGCGGCGGUUGGUGCGCCACGUUUGCUGGAAGUGCGAGAGAUAGACGAACUUACAUCUGAUUGGUUGAAUGAGAAACUCAACAGAUAGGCUUCAGUACCCUUUUGAUAACGAUAUAGGUCACUUGUAAGACAACACUAGUGAGUAAGUUCCAUUUUAUUUCUUUUUAAAUUGUGUAUACAGGAUGUACAAAAUAUUAAAAUGACAUUUUUGAUAAUGUUUCGUGUGGGUAUUUCAAAAUUAAUUAAUAAUAAUCAAAAGAGAAUUCCUUUAUAAUUCAGUCCAUUUAUUUUUAAGUAUAUUAAAAUUAUAUUUAAUAUAUAAAACAAAGUACAUUAUUAAGUAUUGCCACAUUAAAUAUUAUGGUUGAUUCUUGCCAGUGACCUUGAAAUGUUUUUUUUAUCUCUCUUUUGUAUUUAGUUUCCAAAUGCUAUAUGUAGCGAUGAUAUGUAAGAUGUAAUAAUUAAAAUAAGUGCAUAUUUAUAUAUUUAAUUAUAAGAAAAUUUGUGCGCACAGAUGAGAGGAAAUGUAUUUUUUUCGUGUUUUCGUAAAUUUUCACUGUUUUAGAGCGUUUUUUGGACCAAAACUUUUUCAUAAAAAUUUAAUAGAAAUGACUCCAAUAAUCAAAAAGCGUAUAUUUCCAAUACUGACUAUAACAUAAAGUAAAAUAAUUAAAUAGUUUUGCAUAAAGUAAAAAAAAAC